GGGAUUUCCACAUGCCCCUGCAGAAAUCCUUCACUUCUUGGCUUGUGUAUUUUCAAUGUGAUAACGUUCAGGAUCUCUCUCCCAUCCCCUUCUUGGUCUUCUUUUCUAUCUCUCCUUUCUGGUUUUUCUAUAACUCGGUAGGAUACAGCAAAUGAUGAAAGCAUAGGGAGAACUGCUGCUGCUGCUUCUUUUUCUUAUUUGGGAAUUAUCAGCAAAGGGAUUUGCAGUCACUGCUGGUGCCGAUAUAGCUCUGUGGUUUUUUUUUUUAAUUUUCACGAUCCCACCCACCACCUUGGUCUUCGCGUUUCGGCUCGCCACCAGCCUCUGCUUUCUCCCAGACUAUAUAGAAUUAGCACAAAACGCGUGCAAAUAACCCCUUCCCCGCCUCUUCCUCCUUAAAAACCAGGCGUUAAAAAAGUAAAAGUCACAAGGAAGGGUGGCGGCGGAGGAAUCGGAGGAGGGAAUUACUGCAGCGGAGCGGGGGGGAAAACAGGAAGGAGGUAUCCCGGCCUCAGUCUAAAAGACCAGGUUUUCGGCAAGCUGUGAGCCAGAGAGAAAGGACUGGUCGCGGGGAAGUGGGGUGGGGUGGAAGGAUGCACCGCUGGCGGAGGGCUGCAAGUGACAAGACCCGGCGGGGGAGCGCGAGAGAGGCUGGCGCCUUGCCAGGACUGUGAGGUCUGCACCGAGGGGCUACCGAGGUUGCGGCAACACCACAAAAGGGGCUCUGCUUGCGACGGAGCUCUGAUUUUUCCUCUUUCUCUCCCCCGCCUUUUAAAAUUCCGUGGUCCGGCUUGUCUGUAUAGGAGCAGCCAUCCUUCGCUCUCCGCCACCCUACCUUUUCAGCCCCCUCGGAGGAAUUGCAUCCCCAUUGGGUUUGGCACUGGCUGUAGUUGCCUUUGGUCGGGGACCACCAGCUGCACCGCCUACCCAUCUUCUCUCGCCGCCGCCUUCUCUUCCUCUUAGCCUUCGGGGGCAGGUGGUUGGUCGGAAGAUGCUCACCUUCACGCCCGCGGCCCGUCUGCAGAGGAGCAGGUAAGGGCUCCCCACCGAGACCCACCUCCGCCUCGGAAAAGCCGGGAGAUGCCCAGACGGCUUCUGCAACAUUCUUCCGAAGUUGCUCUUUGUGAGCGGACAGAGCAGCGUGGUGGGCGUUAGGUUCCACGGGCGGUUGGCAUCCGGUGCCAUCCAAAGGGGGUGGUGGCGGAGGCAGGAAGGUCUGGCGGAUGUUGGAUAGCGGCGUGGCGGCCGCCGCCGCCGCCGGUUCCCGCAGGCACUCAUGAGCAGAGGAGCGACCCUGCAGCGCAGGACGACCUACCUGAUCUCUCUGACCCUCGUCAAGCUCGAAUCCGUGCAGCAACUGCAGCAGCAAGACGGCGAGGAGAAGGCGGGGGCGGGCGAUGGGGUCCCCCUCCAGCCUGACAGCAGGGACGACCAUGCCCGAGCCGCCUCUAGCUCUCCGCCUGCAGAUCCCUCCGGGUUGAAGGGCCGCAAGGAAGCCGAGGAGGACGCGGCGGCGGCGGCGAAGAUCAAGAGGCAAGAGCGGAUCUUCCACCGCCAGGAUGCGCUCUGGAUUAGCACAAGCAGCGCCAGCACGCCGGACUACCUGCUGCAGCUGUCGCCGGGCAGCCCGGGGACGCCGGGCUCAUCCCCAUCCCCAGAUGGCACAGGGCGACCAGGCUCCUCGUGGACACCACCCAGCAGUAGCAGUCAAAGCAGCCCUUGGGACCCAAAGGUCAAAGCCACCAUGACCCCAGAAGGACAAGUCAUGGUACUGAAGGCUGAAACGCUGGGGCCUUCAGUUGCUCCAGUAGUGGCCUCCAAACCUGAGCCGGUGGUGCCCCCUUUUGCAGCAGCUCUGCCCCCCAAACCUGUGACAGUGAUGGCUUCCAAAUCUGAGCAAGCGGCACCCUUUGUAGCCCCGCCUCUGGCCCCCAAACCUGAGCUGGUUGUGCCCCUCAAACCUGAGCCAGUGGUGCCCUCUGCAGCCCCACCUCUGGCUCCCAAACCUGACCCAGCUGUUCCUUCUAUUGCCCCAACCAUCCCCCCCAAACCUGAGCUGCCUCCGGCCACCCACUUUUCACCUCCCGCUCCUAAACUUGAGACAGUUGUUCCUUCUGUUUCUCCAGCUGUGACACCCAAGCCUGAAGUAACUGUGAUUUCAGCAGCUCCGGCUAUAGCCCCAAAGCCCAAAGCCAUUUUGGUUCCGGUUGUUCCCCCCAUUCCACCAAAGCCAGAAGUGACUCCGAUCCCCGCCAAGGCUGGGCUAAAGGAAACUUUAGGGGUGCCUGGAGACGAGUCGUCAGUUCCUCCACCUAACACUGCCAGUUGUUCCUCCAGUGCUGCUGCGCCAGGGCGCCGGAUGUUGGUCAGUCAUGCUAGCUGGGGUGGCCCCGAGCCUGGGCCCAUGGAAAUGAGCUUGGGCCGAGUGGGUGGCUCUUCUUUCUCCCACUCGGGAGCCUCCUCUCCUCACCCGGCUGCUGGGAACCGCCGGCUUCGCUUGGCCACCAACAAGCCUUUCAAGACAGUGACCACCAGUGGGGCCAAAGUGAGUGCAGAGCCAAAAGCCGGCAAAGGGGGCCACAAGGGGGCCAUCCCCAAUCGUCUAUCAUGGCCAGAGAGUGAAGUAAAGGGCCGCAUGAAGGUAGCUGUCAAGGGCAGUGGGGAAACGGUCCCCAGAGGGGGAUCCAGGGCAAAACUAUCCCCCCACAAAAACAAAAGCAAGACUUUGGACAACAGUGACCUCAACCAUGGCCCAGGCAGUCUGGCCUCUUCUGGCUCCUGCUCCUCAGAGGCAGCUGUAGGGUUGAAGAGAGGCCGAGAGGGCGGUCGGGCCUCUACCCGUGACCGUAAGAUGCUCAAGUUUAUCAGUGGCAUCUUCACCAAGAGUCCAGCUUCUACCCCCACUCACCCUGGACCUGGGUGGAGCCUUAGCCAUAAGGAGCUCCUCAGCGUUGAACUGGCCAAGGGAGAAUUGCCCAAAGCCAUUGCAAACAGCCAGGAAUGGACCCUCGGCCGCUCCAUUCCGGAGCUACGACUGGGCAUCCUUGGGACCAUCAAGAGUGGGAAGUCUGCACUCGUUCAUCGCUACCUGACUGGCUCCUACUUGGGCCUAGAACCUGCAGAGGGGGGCCAGUUCAAGAAGGAAGUGGUGGUGGAUGGGCAGAGCCAUCUCUUGCUGAUUCGAGAGGAAGCAGGGCCUCCGGAUGCCAAGUUUGCAAAUUGGGCAGAUGCUGUCAUCUUUGUCUUCAGUCUGGAGAAUGAGACCAGUUUCCAAGAAGUGACUCAGUACUAUGGGUUCCUCACAAACUACCGCACAGUCUCUGACAUGGCUCUUGCACUCGUGGGCACUCAGGAUAAAAUCAGUGCCAGCAACCCUCGUGUGAUUGAGGAUUCCCGAGCCAGGGCUCUGUGCACCGAAAUGCGUCGUUGCCUCUACUAUGAGACGUGUGCCACUUAUGGGCUCAAUGUUGACCGGGUCUUCAAUGAAGUUGCCCAGAAGAUUGUGAAUAUGAAGAAACAGCAGCAGCUCCUUGCAUCCUGCAAAUCUCUGCCCAGCACCCCCAGCCAUUCAGCUGUCUCCACACCGGCAAGUAACGGUGGUCACACAAGCGACUACUCCUCAUCCCUGCCUUCCACGCCCAACAUCAGCCAUCGGGAGCUGCGCGGCGAGGCAAUGGCUAUAAUUGGCACGCCGAGCUCCCUGCAUCGAGGGACCAAACGCCGGACCAGCCUUUUUGCUAAUCGCAGAGGGAGUGACACAGAGAAGCGGAGCCUGGACAGCAGAGGUGAUAAUACUGGGAGUGGCCGAGCCAUACCCAUCAAACAGAGUUUCCUGCUGAAACGAAGUGGCAAUUCUCUAAACAAAGAGUGGAAGAAAAAAUAUGUGACUCUGUCCAGCAAUGGGCUUCUCUUCUAUCAUCCCAGCAUUAAUGAUUAUAUCCAUAGCAUCCAUGGUAAAGAAAUGGACCUACUCCGCACCACCGUCAAGGUGCCUGGCAAACGCCCACCUAGAGCCAUCUCUGCCUGCGGUGCCUCCUCAAGCAUCAAUGGCUUGGUUAAAGACGUGAGCAGCGUUGGAGUUGGGGACACCAGCACUUGCCCCAGUCCAGGUCUGCUGAAUCCUCCAGUUGACCCAGCGAUCAAACUCUUAGGCAAACCUGAGCGCCUGCAGCGCUCUGUGUCCUCUUCCAAGGCUGAGGUGGCCAUGGCUGCAGAAGGGCUAUCCAGUCCCGGCAGCAGUGGCAAAGACCCGCCUCCAUCCCCUAUGAUUGACAGGAAGAAGCAUAGACGGAAGAAAUUGACAACACCUUCAAAAACCGAGGGGUCAGUUGGGCAGGCAGAAGAGGAGGAGAACUUUGAGUUCAUCAUCGUCUCCAGCACAGGGCAGACUUGGCACUUUGAGGCCAGCUCCAUUGAAGAGAGGGACUCCUGGGUCCAGGCCAUCGAGAGCCAGAUCUUGGCUAGCCUGCAGUGCUGCGAGAGUAGCAAGAACAAGGCUCGGAUGGACAGUCAGAGCGAAGCAGUGGCAAUCCAGGCCAUCCGUAAUGCCAAAGGCAAUUCCUUAUGUGUGGACUGCGGGGCCUUGAAUCCAACUUGGGCCAGCCUGAACUUGGGGGCACUGAUUUGUAUUGAGUGCUCAGGCAUCCACCGGAAUCUUGGUACCCACCUGUCCCGGGUUCGCUCCCUCGACUUGGACGACUGGCCUCUGGAGCUCACAUUGGUGCUCACUUCCAUCGGUAAUGAAACAGCCAACAGCGUCUGGGAAAAGUGCACACAGGGACGGCGGAAACCCACUUGCGAGUCAUCACGGGAAGAGCGGGAGUCAUGGAUUCGAGCCAAAUAUGAGCAGCGGCUAUUCUUGGCACCACUGCCCCCCUCUGAACUGUCCCUCGGGUGCCAGCUCUUCCAGGCCGUGCUGGACCAGGACCUGGGUGCUGUACUGUUGCUGCUGGCCCACAGUUCCAAGGAACAGAUCAACACCCCCACUGGUGACAAAGACCAGCGCACGGCACUGCAUGUGGCAUGUGACCUGUCCCACGUGGUUAUUACUCAGCUUCUGGUCUGGUACGGUGCUGAUGUGAAGGCCCGUGAUGCCAUGGGGCACACAGCCCUCUUCUAUGCCCGCCAGUCAGGGAGCCAGGAAUGCACUGACAUCCUAUUGCAACAUGGCUGCCCCAACGAAGGCUACAGCACUAUCGCCACACCUGGCCUGCGCCGGAAGAGCAGCAGCGCCAGCGUGGGAAGGACCGAGGCCCGGACUGCCCUGGUGUAGCAUUCCAGGGUGAGCCUCUUUCCCUAUCCCAGUGGUGCAACAGGGGUCCAGCAACUGAUGCCUCUUCUCCUUCGGGAAACCCCCCUCCCCUCUGGCAUCUGGACUACAUGCCAAGGAGCUUGGAUCGCAACUUCCUGUCUCACGCAGGAUGAGUUGGUGAUGGAGACCACCCAGUGCUCCGCUUAAAUGGCUCUGCUUGGCACAGGCCGUCGGCAGAACCACCUCAGCGGCUCACAACUUUCCCUCCUGCCAGGCCUUGAGCUGCUCUGCAGGUCUCCAGGACAAACAGCCAUCUCUUCAGACAGGCCGGUGAGGUCUGCAGGGAGCAUUGCGUCCCAGUGCUUGGAGUGAAGGAUCAGGGCCCAGGACGGUUUUCUCUUCCCAGUUAAUGGGGACUUUUAGAAAUGAGGGGUGGGAUGUGGGCGGGCAAGUGGUUACCGUGGGGUUUUCUUUUUCUUUCUUUCUGUGUUUGUAACAAACUUUGAAGGUGGAAUGUAAAUCAGUGUUAUUGGAGUGGUCAGUGACCCAGCCUCACCUAAGUAACUCUAAGAGGGCCCAGAAAGUAUGACAGUGGGGGAAGUGUUAAAAGUGGCCAAGAGAGUCUUGACUUGUAAGGCUGUACUAAGUGUGAAGGUGCCUGAGGUUUGGUAGGGGGGUUCAUGCCAUUUAUGUUGCUUACGCCAGCAGUGGGGAGAACGUUUGGCCCGCCAGACCUUUCCAUGUGCCAGGCCUCUCCAGAUAAGCCAUGGCCCCUUCCACUCGUGCACCGUAAUUCUCCUCCAUCUUGGUGCUUCGUGUGCACCCUGGAGACAUGUGUGAAGACGCUACUUCAGUCUAGCACUUUUCCUGCCUUUCCAGAGGUUUAUGGGUUUUUUGGUAGUUCAGCCUUAAUUGUUCAUACUCACUCCCCCUCCCCACCCCCCAUGCCCCCA